AUGGGUGGCGGCAGCGAGAAUCCUUACACGAUCCCAACCGCUACGCUCCGUCGCGCCGCUUCGAGAGCAGCCGCCCGCGCGACUGUCAUUUUGACCCAACUAUACAUCUUACAUGGAUCGCUUGAACUAUUACGUCAACUGAAAGAUAUCUCGUACGAAUUCGAAUCGCUGUCAUUUUCUAACGAAGGGUAUUAUCACAGCGCUAGUCGGACGUCGACCGAGUUGAAUGACUCUUUGAUCAGUCCACAGAUCAAUCGGUAG